AUGAUAAGGGACACAACAGAAACUAGGCAUGUUACAGCAAAAACAAAAAGGCUCUUGGAAAUAAGCGAAAUGAAAGUCCUACGAAAAAUUACUGGAAAAACGCUCCUAGACAGGGAACGUAUCGACGAUAUAAGGCAAAAAUGCAGAGUGGAAAAUAUUAACGAUUGGAUACUGAGCAGAAAGUGCGAAUGGAACGAACACAUAAGUAGAAUGAGCGAGGAAAGAAUAGUAAGGAUAGCACGAGAAAACUCACUACUGGGGAGAAGAAGUAUGGGAAGGCCACGAAAAAGAUGGAAUGAUAAACUUACAAUCAAUUUAUGCAAUAGGCAUGGUGCGAAGAAUGAACAGGCAAUCUGCCUAAAAUGGAGUAGGAAAGAAGAAGAAGUAGAUUUACCUGAAUAUUUCUAUAUUAUUGGAAAAUAG